AUGGGUCACGUUUCACUUCCAGACGGUAGUUACAAGCUCUUCUAUGCUGUCAAACCGUCUGCCGCGUAUCUCGCGUGCAAGGAGUCACGCGCCUUCCUUCACUACAUCUUUGCUGAGCCUGCAAAGCCCGACGGGGGCUUGCCUAGUUGGUUCAACCUUGCUAUUGACACUGUCCGUUUCAAUCGUGAACAUCUUGUCCCCCUUUCUCGCCAUCCCUGGCUGAAGCAGGCACAGCAUCUCUGGAUCCGGUUCAAUUUCGAUGCUUGUGAAUAUUUGUCGUCUGGGUGCUGUAAAAUGCGAGCAUAUGAGGACAAGGACCAAAGUUGGCUGGAGAGGAACCUUGUCUCGCUCAAGAGCAUCACGUUUCAGAUGGUCCACGCUAAAGGAGAGGGCGAGUGGGUAAAAGAGUGGUUUCCCUAUUUUGAGACCUGGUUCAAUCACCCCAGAUGGGACCCAGUACCUUUUUCUGCUCGAGUCAUCUGCUACCAGAGCAACAUACCCGAAGAAGAAUGGUUAACUCCUCAAAACUACCUCCUUGUGGAGAAGAGAGUUAUGGGAAAUCACUUUAAACGCGGCUACGGGGUCCCCAAUUGGAGAGAAAUGAUUGGGUGUGAGAGAACCAGAUGUCUUGUAUACGCAACCGACGAGGAGCUCAAAAAUCCCGGUGAAUUUCUGAAGAAGCACCAGCACUUUGGGGUAUGA